AUGCGUGAAGAUGGUGGCGAUUUUGGAUGGCGGCGGGCUGUGGUUCAUGGUGCUAUUGAUCCUGCAACUCUCAAAGGGUGUAAAAGGGUCACCACAAGUUGCAGCCCUUUAUGUGUUUGGAGAUUCAUUGAGGUGCCACUGGCAGAUUCAGCAAUGGAAAAACAUUUGCUGAUUUUCUUGAAGGGGGAAGAACUCUUAUGCGUGAAGAUGGUGGCGAUUUUGGAUGGCGGCGGGCUGUGGUUCAUGGUGCUAUUGAUCCUGCAACUCUCAAAGGGUGUAAAAGGGUCACCACAAGUUGCAGCCCUUUAUGUGUUUGGAGAUUCAUUGGUAGAUGAUGGAAAUAACAACAACCUCAACUCCAUGGCAAAAGCAAACUAUUUCCCAUAUGGGUGUGAUUUCGAUAGAGGUGCCACUGGCAGAUUCAGCAAUGGAAAAACAUUUGCUGAUUUUCUUGGUAACUUCUUAUCUCAAUUGAUAAGCCACCAUGCUGCACAUAUAUGA